AAGUAGAGCAUAGAAAAGAGAAUAAAUAAGGGUUUAUUUUCUCAUCAACAAAGUUUAAUGUGACAAACUCGUAUUGAAACCAAAACUUAAUCAUAUGAUGUCUUUUCAUUAGAAAUUACCACCACUAAGAAGUUAACAGACAACCACCUGACCUGUGUUUUUGUCCGCAGAGAUGUUCAAUGGUCCAUCCUACCACAUACAUUCUGUAAGGCCUCUGGGGAGCAAUUCAAACCAAGUUCGUCCCAUGUCCCCCCUGUGGACAUCUGACGAAGGUUACCAUCCCUGACAGUCCAGUAGAGGAGUGGAUGAGCCAGCUCAAACCACGCCGAGUAAUACAGGGGCUGAUGGACAUUUUAGAGGCAUCGCCAGAUCUUGAGGCUUGUAGCGUUUGCAAAGAAGAUGGGGAGAAAACUCCAGGAACAAUGUACUGCACCAUUUGUGAUGAUGUCUUCUGUGAUGGAUGUCUCAAGAUGCACAAGAAGAUGCCGCUGUUGCGUGAUCAUGAAGUGAUCGAUGUACGUACCCAUAGUAACAGGAAACCAAAGGCAUCAAGCUUUAUGUGCAGAAUUCACAAAGACGAAAAAGUAAAACUGUUUUGUAAAGAUUGCAGGAUGGCAAUUUGUACUGUAUGCUGCAGUAUCAAACAUAGGAAGUGUGAUGAUGUUGAAACCAUAGAUGUCAUGACGCCUCUUGUAACAGAAACUCUGAUCAAUGAAGGAGUUGAGUUUAGGACAAUCACCUGCAGGUGAUUAAGUGGUGAAAAGUUGGCAAUCGUGUUUGCAAGCUACAGGAUGAAAACGUCAUCGGACAGUGAUUAGCAUCAAGAUAACUGCAGAUGACAAACAUUUAAUGUUGCGGUCAGCAAGUGAUUCCAGCUAUAUGAUGGCUGUCCUUUGUAAAUACCAGUAAUCAAGUCUGAACCAGACGAGUAUUCAACGAUUUACAUAAUGUGUAUUGAUCCACGCAGUUCGGAACCAUGAGAAGCAGUCCACCAUGUCACCGAGCCUGACCACCCGAUCCAAUAUGUCGCUUCUCACAACAAUCAUAGGUUGGUGGGGAUUAAUUCUUACCCCAAAAUGCCUACGUUGAAGAACAUAGUGGGUACGGCUUCAUGUGCAUUGGCGAAUCGGGAUGAUUCUCGAUUUUACAAAUUGCUGAGUCAAACCAGCAAUGUAGCAUAGACAGUGAAACCUUUAUGCUGGUGGAUUAGUAUGGAUGGCACCACCUACAGCCACAGGACAGACCUCAUCCGUUGUGUGGCAAGGGGUUCUUUAUCGUACCUGGGUACUGCCUUAGCCAACUAAAAGUUCGGAUCUCAGCUUCAUGGAUCAUAUGUAGGAUGAAUUUGAACGUCGUGCCCACCACAACCCCGCAGCACCUCAUAUACUAGAUGCAUAGGAUUAGUCGUUGGUUUGAAUUCCAUCAGGCCCACGCACAGCUGGUGUACCAGUGGUUGCUUUAAGGAAUGGGAGCACGCUGGUGCUGACUUGGCCAGCCGAGAAUCCGGAACUCAGUGCUCAGGAAUACGUAAGGGAUAACAUUCGUGUGCACCAACGUCCUAUAGCGCCUCAAAGUCUGGUGACACCACUCAUGUCACUUCCUUGUCACAAAGUCAUAGCUGUUGAACAUAAAUCAUUGCUAUUAUUUUGUCCUUAGGUCAUGUGAUCUUAUGGGCUU